CGCAGCAACCUCCAACCAGUCUUCCGGUGUGUGCGCGAAUCGAAGGCAAUCAAUAAACUGUUUGCCAAUUAAACUGGCUCAACGUUGUAAGUUGGCCGCUGGGGCACGUUUUAGUCACACUCUGGCUUUCGUUAGCACACGUUUAAUCAUCGAAAUAUGAGCAAUAACAGUAAUAGCGAAUAUUGUUUCACACUUCCGGAUCAGUUUAAAACGUUGGCCCGGGAAGAGUUACGCGAAAGUGAUGAAAUUCGUAGCCAGUCACUGGCGCAGAUGCGCGAUUGGAUUGCGAAAAAUCCAGCCAUAAAACAUUGCCGCUCGGACCCGUUGUUUUUGCUGCGGUUUCUGCGUGCUCGUAAGUACAAUCACGUGGCGGCCUGUGAAAAUUUAGAACGUUAUCUGGUAAUUAGACAACAUUAUGCGGACUGGUUUCGGAAGCUGGAUGCUGCCGAAACAUGGGUGGACGAAAUGAUCGAUGAUUGGCCCAUCCUGCCGCUGGGAUACGACAAAGCCGGACGUUUGCUGAUAAUGGUGAAAAUGGGAAACUUAGAUUUCAACAAGUUCGGCAACGUGGAACUGAUUCGACUGAUGAUGAUGAUACUGGAAAGCUAUUAUGAAGAGGAGCAGGUACAAAUCACGGGAAGUGUUUUUAUAUUCGAGAGCAUGGGAUUUACGAUGAGUCAUUUGGCUCAAUGGCCACUAUCGGAUAUUAAAAAUUUCAUUAAUUGUGUGAACCAUACAUUUCCGCUGCGGAUCAAGGAAGUACACACGGUAAAUCUGCCCCAGUUUGCGAUCGUUGUUGCCCAGCUGACUGUCAGUUUUGCUAGUGCUAAACUGAAGAAACGAAUCCACUGUUACCAAACGAUAGAUGAUCUUAUAGGGCAUGUGGAACUGAGCAAACUACCUAAAGAAUAUGGUGGUGAAAUUCCGAUCAGAGAGUUUAAACAAAAUCUAAGAUCCUUGCUGACCAAGCAUCGGGAUGCCGUUUUGGGUUUGGAUCAGAUGGAAGUGGACAUGGUGAAAAGCUCGAUUCUGAAGAAGGAUACUAUUUGCAGAGACUUGGAGAAUGAUUUCGGUGUAGUCGGUAGUUUCCGAAAAUUGACCGUUGAUUAAAUUGUGUAUCACAUCAUAUACUAUUACAAUGUAGUAUGGAGCAGAAAGAACAGAAAUGCUUCAUUCCUUCAUCGGUCUUCAACUCGUUUUACAGCUGGCAAAUUUCGAUACAUUCAAACAGAUAACAAUCAAAGUUUUCGAAUAAGUAAAUUUUAGAAUAAAACGUAAACUAUACCAAAUGCACAUGCAAAUAUCAUCCUUUUCAAUAGUGUGGAAUUAAA